AUGGAUGUGGAAGAUGAGUCCGAGGACUCCUUCAACAACUUUGUGGCUGUCCUGGGCCUGGGGAGGGAGGAUGAGGACCUUCUGCCGCCUGCAAAGUUGCAAACAGAAGCCAGGGUCCUACCCAUCAUUUGCAUGGGCAAGGGCUACACGAGCUUUGUGCACAAAGUAGAUGCUCUUCUCUACGCACUUGCCCUGGAGUCCACAGUGGAUGAUCGACAGGCCAAUCUGCAAGCCUACGGUCAAAGGGAACUGAAAUCAAGCUCGCCGAUACGGAAGAAUUUGUCUCUGGAGCCAGACUGCCUUGACGAGCCGCACUCAGAGCAACAGCCAGCAGUUGCCUUGGUACCGGCCCGGUUGGAGGAUCCAGAGGAAAGCGCUCGAUUGGCACGUUUCUUCCCCAACUGUUUCAAGAUUCCAGGUAUUAAGCAUAUUUGUGACAACCUUCUGGGCUCUACGUUACAAGCACUUCCACAGUGGUCCUCACUCUUGCCGAAGCUGCAGUCACUGGAUCAGCUGCUUUCGAACGUGGCGUGGAGGGAGCGAUUCGUUGCUCUAUGCUUAAAUGAUCGACCCAUGCACGAGAGGAAUGCAAUCCUACAGUGGAAAGCGGAUCAUUUGGGCGGAUUGCGAUGGCAAGUAAUAUCUGGUUUCUGUCGGGAGGUUUUGCCAAUUGAGACUUUGCUUCGCAAUGCUUGGAACACCAAUCGGUACAUGCUAGGGUCGGUUGAGACCAAACAACCCUUUCUGGUUGAAGAAUGUUCGAAAGCGCAUUUACAACGGAUACGGGAUCUAAUGGCCGAUGAUUACAGUUGGGCAUGCAUAGCACUGGUUGCUAUGUUGUCCAGUGAAGCAGAUCUAAUUGGAUCCUGGUCGGAAGCAUGCCCUUGCCACCCUCUUGAGUAUGAAACCGGGAGGUCCAGGUCACGGACAAAUUCAGCAGCCAAGAAGGAGGCGAAACAAUGUCCGUUCCGAUCUUGCCGUGCCCCGGAACUCGCUGCCGGCAAAGGAAUUCAGCUGUUGUGUGAGCGAAUGUCGGGCCACCGUGGCCCUUUCCUUGAGUAUGCGCACAAGGCCCCGGAAGCCAAGAGACACGAGUUGAUCUCAUCAUGGAGAGCUGCCUGCUCAAAGUUAUUUGGAUUCUAG